CAGAGGAGCCGAGCUGUCCUGCUCCCUGUCCCCUGUUUCUGGCUGCCCGCACGGCUCCCGGGCACCGCGGAGAUUGUGGGGGCUGCUGCUGCUGCUGGUGCCGAGCAACAAUCCAUCGCUUUAAACUAAACCUCAACUUGUCACCGCAAGCAAGGAUGGCAACGCCGCUGGAGCUUUGGAGCUGCCAAGAGAGCCAGGGAACCUGGGUUUUGUUUGCCACUGUCUAAUGAGUGGGAGUAAAAUGGAAUUUCUCACCUGGGUUUUUCCUGCCUUGGUUCUACUGUGCACCCAACAGCACAGGUGUAUCAGAGCUAUGAAUGACAUCGGAGAUUACAUAGGUUCCAACAUCGAAAUAUCCUGGUUACCCAACCUGGAUGAUUUAAUGAAAGGGUACGCACGUAAUUUCAGGCCUGGGAUUGGAGGUCCUCCUGUUAAUGUUGCUCUUGCAAUUGAAGUCGCCAGCAUUGAUCACAUCUCAGAAGUGAACAUGGAAUAUACCAUGACGGUAUUUUUGCACCAGAGCUGGCGAGACGACCGUCUGUCUUACAACCACACCAAUGAAACUCUGGGCUUAGACAGCCGGUUUGUGGACAAGCUCUGGUUGCCAGAUACUUUCAUAGUAAAUGCCAAGUCUGCCUGGUUCCAUGAUGUGACUGUGGAAAACAAACUUAUCAGGCUCCAGCCAGACGGAGUCAUUUUAUACAGCAUCAGGAUUACCUCAACAGUGGCCUGUGACAUGGACCUUUCCAAGUAUCCAAUGGAUGAGCAAGAAUGCAUGUUGGAUUUGGAGAGCUAUGGCUACUCUUCAGAGGACAUUGUCUACCACUGGUCAGAAAACCAGGAGGAGAUCCAUGGGCUGGAUAAGCUGCAGCUUGCUCAAUUCACAAUUACCAAUUACCAGUUCACAACAGAAAUUAUGAACUUCAAAUCUGCAGGUCAGUUUCCCAGGCUGAGUCUCCACUUCCACCUUCGGCGAAAUCGAGGAGUUUACAUAAUUCAGUCUUAUGUCCCUUCCAUCUUACUAGUGGCCAUGUCGUGGGUAUCCUUCUGGAUCAGCCAGUCAGCUGUGCCUGCCAGAGUGUCAUUAGGUAUAACUACCGUUCUUACUAUGACUACACUGAUGGUCAGUGCACGAUCUUCGCUUCCACGAGCAUCUGCCAUCAAGGCGCUUGACGUUUACUUCUGGAUUUGCUAUGUGUUUGUCUUCGCUGCACUGGUAGAAUAUGCAUUUGCACAUUUCAAUGCUGACUACAUGAAAAAGCAAAAGAACAAGAUAAAGGCGAGAAGGCAGAGUGGAGAGAUAAACGUGAAGAAUGCCAUUGUUCUGUUUUCCCUUUCCAUAGCUGGUGUGAACCAGGAACUGGCCAUUUCCAACAGGCAGCACCGAAUUUCCAGAAACCUGCCUGGAUCGUACGGCACAAUAGAAAUAGAAACUGGAGAGACAAAACAGCAGCAAGUACUGAAACUGGAUAAAAAGAGGGGCCUGAAGUCCCUCUUUAAGCCCAUUGACGCCGAUACCAUUGAUAUAUAUGCCAGAGCUGUGUUCCCAGCAGCCUUUGCAGCAGUCAAUGUUAUAUACUGGGUUGCAUACACAAUGUAAAAAGAACCCAAAACCAAAACCAUCCUGUGAACAGCUACAAACUGAACAAUACCUACAGACUAAAAAGCCCUUGCUGAAACUGUAUUGAUCCAUCUCUUCUCAAAAUAUUUUCCAAUGAGCUCGAGACAUUUCUAAAGUCAAGAAAGUCCUGCAAUCAGUUCCUACUAAAAGCAGCAAUUUAUUACAGAUCUGAUAUGGUACAGUAAUAACUGUACUCUGCCAAACAAUCCCAGCUCCUGUUUUCCUGUAUUACCAUGAGACAAUUUUUCAUAUGUAUAUAUUUGCAGAAAAAGUUUAAAUCUUAAAUUACCAUGCUUUCCCUCCACUUUAAGGGUUGAUCAGUAAUGAAGAUUUGGCUUUUCACACUCAGAUAAUUUCCUUUUUUGUAAUGGAAGAGCUAAUUCCUCACUUCCACACGAAUGAUUUUAUGCAUCUGGCCUUCUGUGGGAUGGUCUAAGUUUAACAGUAGUGGUAAAGUUGGAGUUUUUAGUAAUAAAAAUCUCAUGAACAAAGUAAAAGGGAAUAGAGGGGAGUGGAGGUUUUUUCUUAAAUUAUUAUUUGUCUUGGAUAAAGUAUUAAAAACAUUUCAAUGCUCUUAGUCACAGCAUGAAAUAAAAUAUACUACAUAAAAUUCUA